ACUUUUAGGGCUUAGAAACCGACAAAUAAAAAAAACGUCAAUGUACUUUUUCAUAACGCCGUACACAUACGAAAUUGUAAAAUAUCUACUUUUAGAACUAUGAUAGAAUAAGAGUUGAAGUUUUUACUGCGAUUCAUUAUCUAAAUGACAUAAUUGAUAAAUUUAAAAUUGUAUUCGUUUUAUAUUUGCAAUAGGUUAUUAUAAACAGGUAUUUUUCCUACAGUGACUUGAUGAUUUUUUAUCGUCAGCGGUCAGGCUAGGUUAUCGUAUUAUUGAAUCUUUAUAUAGUUAUUUGUUACUUAUUCUUUCAUUAAAAUGGCCGCAAAUAUCUCAAAAAAUAUGAAAGCUGUUGGUCUGUUUAAGUACUUGCCAAUUUCUGAUAUAAAUAGCCUUAUGGAUUUGGAGGUAAGUGUUCCAGUUCCAAAACAAAGUGAAGUUUUAAUAGAAGUUAAAGCUACUGCUAUUAACCCAAUUGAUACAAAGCUGCGAGCUCCAAAACCUCUAAUAGAGAAAGAGCCACGAAUAUUGGGCUUUGAUGGGGCAGGCAUUAUAACUGCAGUAGGUGAAGCAGUCAAAAAGUUUAAAGUAGACGAUCAAGUAUUCUUUACUGCUGAUAUAAGAAGAAAUGGCACUAAUGCUCAAUAUGUUGCUUUGGAAGAAAUACAUGUUGCACAAAAACCAAAAAAUCUUUCUUUUGAAGAAGCAGCUGCCAUGCCACUAACAUCAGUGACUGCCUAUGAAUCAUUAAUUGACAGACUAUCUAUAACAGAGAAAGACAAGGGCAAGUCAAUUUUAAUCAUAAAUAGUGGAGGUGGGGCAGGUUCUGUUGCUUGUCAGUUAGCUAAUCUGCUUGGCCUUAAAGUUAUAGGUACAGCAUCCAGGCCGGAAAGUAUGAAGUUCUCAAAAGAGAAUGGUGCUCAUAUUGUACUGAAUCACACACAAAAUUUAGUUGAGCAGUUGCAAGAAAAUAAAAUAUCAGAAGUCGAUUUUAUAUUGGUUAAUUAUGACCCAUACAACUACUGGGACAGUCUUAUGACGCUUAUUAAGCCCCAGGGCAAAAUUUGUCUAGUUGUUGACAGCAGUGGCCUGGUGGAUUUAAAGCCAUUAAAAGCUAAAAGCAUUACUCUUGUCUCAGAAAUGAUGUUUACUAGAAUUGUUUAUAAUACAGAUGAUAAGUGCAGACAUACAGAAAUAUUAGAGGAGGUUUCUAAAAUGUUAGAUAAUGGAAAACUAAAGUCAACUUUGACUAAGGUUAUUGCUCCUAUUAAUGCAGUAAACAUACGGGAGGCCCACAGACUUAUUGAAGAAAAUAAAACUGUAGGAAAAAUUGUCUUAUCUGGAUUUAAAUAAGAUAUUCCAUGCAAUUUUCAAUAGCUCUACAUUCUUGAUUUCAUCACUACAUUUCAUUAGUGGUAGUAGUUCAUUCACUUUUUGUUCUUGAUUCCAUUGUAGUUCUCUUACCUGUAAAACAAAAAUAAAUCCUAGGCACAA